CGUGUGAUUAUAAUCGUGCGAACUUCCACCCACAAGCGCUGCCAGGGAAAAGUGAAAGGAUUUCACUUGGCGAGUUAUAGAGCAGGAUAUGUCCCAAUUGCGGUCGCUCCUAGCGUCUGCCCCUUCAGCCGCCCAAUCAGCAAUUCUUGCGAAACGGACUUCACGCAUCGCAAAGCAACUGACACUCGAGAAACUGCGAAGUGAAAUCUUCCAGACUUCUUUUAACCCAACAUCGACUCGCUCAGGAGCGAAAUACCUACGCUCCCGACUGAGAGGGCCAUCCAUGAUCAAUUACUAUCCUGCCCAACUCUCAAUACGAAGGGUGAACGGCGUUAUAAGCGAAUUGUACAGAGAGGCAUUACGGAAGGAUAAGUUAACGCCUCCCCCUAUAUACCUAGAGGACACCAAAGAGCUUCAGAGGCUAGAAGACGUAGCUGCCCUGAAAGCUCGAGGGAAAGGAAAACCUGCGAAAGCCACAACAAAGGCUGCCAGUCGGAGAGCCAAGAAGAAGGGAGGAGCCAAGAGGAAAUGAUCUCAAACGUGUCCACAUCUACCCUCAAAUACUGCCCUUUUGUAUCUUUAUUCCUGUAUGCGCCUGUCUCUCGCUUUGGUUGAUUCUUUCCCCUGUAAUUGACGAGUUCACACGGCACGGGUGGCUCCGCUGUGUCCUCACAAUUGGUCCAUG